UUAGUCCAUAAAAAUUCUCCCCAGCCUGUUGGGAGUCCUUCUCUAUAAAUACCUGAGUGGAGAAACCUUAUUAGCUAUCCAAUAGGACUGCAGCUUAUUAGUUUCACAAUUCAAGAAAUCAAAUACUAAAAUAAAGUAAGAAAAUGUCUAUUCAAGUUUCAGCCAUUGCAGCUACUCGUCGAUCUGCAAAUUUUCAACCUAGCAUUUGGGGAAACCACUUUCUUUCCUUUGAUCAUGAUAACAAUUUUACGCGAACAAGUGACAUAAUGGAGCAUGAAACACUCAAGGAACAAGUGAGAAAGAUGCUAAUGGAGAGUACGGAUAACGCUUCAAAAACAUUCGAAACUGUAGAUGCAAUCCAACGAUUAGGCGUCGCUUACCAUUUCGAAACCGAGAUUUAUGAAAUCUUAGGAGCGGCAGAUACAUUUCACCAUGGCUCUGAUUUACAUGACAUUUCUCUCAAAUUUCGUUUACUUAGACAACAAGGCUAUAACAUGUCUUGCGAUGUUUUCGACAAGUUCAAGGAUGACGGAGGGAGGUUCAAGGAUUCACUUCUCAACGAUGCUCGAGGAAUGUUAAGCCUGUACGAAGCUACACACCUGAGGGUGCAUGGAGAGGACAUAUUAGACGAAGAACUUACGUUCACUAGGACUCAUCUUCACUCCAUGGCUACCCAAUUGAGGUCUCCUCUUUCGGAUCAAAUUACUCAUGCUUUAAAGCAGCCUAUUCAUACUGGCUUGCCAAGGCUUGAGGCAAGGAAUUACUUCUCUAUCUAUCAAGGAAAUGGAAUUUUACUAUCCUUUGCCAAGUUAGACUUCAAUAUAUUGCAAAAGCAGCAUCAGAAGGAACUUAGCGACAUUACAAAGUGGUGGAAAGAAUUGGACUUCGCGAACAAGCUACCUUUUGCAAGGGACAGGGUCGUAGAAUGCUACUUUUGGAUUUUGGGAGCGUAUUUCGAGUCCCAGUUUAUGCAGGCUAGAACGAUGUUGACGAAAGUGAUAGCUAUGACUUCCAUUAUUGAUGAUAUCUAUGAUGUCUUUGGUAGCCCUGAUGAACUUGAGCUCUUUACACAAGCAAUUGAGAGGUGGGACAUAAGUGCCGUACAUCAGCUACCUGAUUACAUGAAAGAAUGCUACAACGCACUUUUGGAUGUCUACUCAGAAAUUGAAGAAAACAUGCUCAAUCAAGGAACACUAUACCGUUCUCACUAUGCAAAAGAAGCGAUGAAAAAUCAAGUGCGAGCAUACUUUGUUGAAUCCACGUGGUUCCACAAGCAAUACAUUCCAACAAUGGAGGAAUAUAUGCCCAUCGCAUUGGUUACCUCAGCCUAUGAAAUGCUAGCAACUACGUCCCUUCUUGGCAUGGGAGAUAUCGUAACCAAAGACUCCUUUGAUUGGUUAUUCACAAAACCUAAUAAGAUGGUAACAGCCUCACAAAUUAUUUGCAGGCUCAUGGAUGACAUUGUGUCCCACAAGUUCGAGCAAAAGAGAGGGCAUGCAGCUUCGAGCAUAGAGUGUUACAUGAAACAAUAUGGAGCGACUGAAGACGAAGCUGUCGGAGAACUUCGAAAGCAAAUAAAAAAUGCAUGGAAAGACAUCAAUGAAGAGUGCAUGUAUCCGACCUCAGUUCCUAUGCCUGUUCUAACGAGGAUUUUGAAUCUUGCAAGAGUAAUCAAUGUUGUGUACAAGUACGAAGAUGGCUAUACGAACGCUGGAGUUGUGCUAAAAGAUUUUGUUUCUUCUCUACUUCUUGACCCUGCCCCACUUUAAUCACCUUGAAACAAAUUGUUUACUUUGUAUCUCUUCUAUGAUUGGACGGACCUGUAUAACCAUCAAUUUAACCACUUAAUAUAUUACUAUUAAAAAGUUAUUGAACUUUUUAUUAGUAUUGAUAAUGCA